GGCGACACUGGGGUGUCGUGAUCGCGCGUGGUCUCUAAUUUUUUCACGAAGACGCUGCCAGCAGCUAGAACAAGCGAGAAUGACGUCCCGUCACGAAAAGGAGCGUACCAAGCAGAUCCAGGAGAAAUGUCAGAAUCUGCUGACGCAGAUGCUUCGCGACGAGGAUAACAAGUAUUGCGUCGACUGCGAUGCUAAAGGACCAAGAUGGGCUAGCUGGAAUUUGGGAAUUUUUCUGUGUAUUCGAUGUGCUGGUAUUCAUAGAAAUCUUGGAGUACAUAUAAGCAAAGUCAAGUCUGUUAAUUUAGACACAUGGACGCCUGAACAAGUAGUGAGUUUACAACAAAUGGGAAAUUCUCGAGCAAGAGCAGUCUAUGAAGCCAAUCUUCCAGAUAGUUUUCGAAGACCUCAGACAGAUUGUAGUCUGGAAAGUUUUAUUCGAGCAAAAUAUGAACAUAAGAAAUAUAUAGCUAGAGAAUGGGUGCCACCUCCUUUACCAAAAGUAAAUUGGGAUAAAGAGCUUGAUGAAGAAGUCGAAAGACAACGCAGACGAAAAAAAGAAAAUUUGGAAGUUACGACUACUGUACUCCCCCCUGUACAAAAACCAGAAAUAGUGCCUCAAUUGCCAAAACCUCGAAGUUCCGUCAGUCCGAAACUGGGUAGAACAAAAGAAAGUUCUGCAAUCCUUGAUCUCUUAGGUCUUGAUGCGCCAACAACUAACCAAACAAAUGUAAAUAGUUCUGGGGACGAUGUAUUUUCUUCCUUUCUGUCUGCACCUCCUGCUUCAGUCACUUCAACUGGAAACGACUUUAAUGGAAGUAAAACGACCACUAUUGCAAGUAAAAGCGAAGAGGAGAGCUUCUUUAACCAACCAACCCCACUACCUCAGGAAAAAAGCAAGAUGACAAAAGAUAGUAUUUUAGCAUUAUACGGUACUCCGAGUCAUCAACCAGCUAUCUAUGGUGUCUUAGGAGGAGUGUAUCCUCAACACUCUAUACCAUAUAAACAGCAAAUGUCUAACGUAAGUGUAUUUGGGCAACAAAGCUCGUUGAAUCAAUUCGGUCCCACACAAAUACCGAUCGCAAAUCAAAUACCGAUCGCAAAUCAGAUACCGAUCAAUCAAAAUCAAAUUAUACCAAAUCCUAAUACGAUAGGUGCUGUAGCAGCCAAUCCUUUAGGUUUACAUAUAGGACAUAUGAAUCAAUUAAAUGGUGUACCUAAUACUACUAUCACAAUGCCACCUCAAAUGAUGAUGCAGUUAGGACAAAAUAAUAGUAAUAAUGGAUGGAGUGGAAUGCUAACACAGAAUAUUCAACCAGCUCCCGGCAGCAAUCCCUUCUUUAAUUUAACAACACAGCAACAGCAAACUACUGCAUUUACCGCUCAGUUGCCACAACAAAUGUCACAGAUGUCUCUUGGCGAUAUAAACUUUGCCUCUACAGGCAAACCUGCUACUACCGCACUACCUGGGCAGACCCUUUCCACAAACUUAUGGCAGUAAAAUUAUUGUGGAUAUUGUUAGCCUGUUGAUUAUCUCAUUCAGUGUUGUAUACUAAUGUCGUCAGUUUAUUAUCCA